AUGGCAGAACAUCCAGGAGGAGGAGAAUCAACCUGGGCCUUUGGGUCCAGGUUUUGUGGCCUGGCACUAGAUCAAAAUGAGUUAGAACAGACACCGAAACGAAACAGAGGAAGUAAUCGAGACAACAAUGGAAAAAAACGGACUGCAGCACGUGUAACGCCAAUUGAAAACCAGUUCACAAAGCUGAUGAAGGUAGACAACCACAACGGACCACGUUUUUUGAUCCUGGAGCGCACGGACGAGAACAAAACAAUGAAGACUGUUUCUCCAUUUUUCAUCAAAAAGGCGAUGGGAACCAUCACAUCGAACGUGUCCAUAAGCAGGACGAGGGAAGGCGGACUUCUGCUGAAGACAGUCAACAAACCGCAAGCAGAGAAGCUGAUGAAACAAAAGCUAUUCGGAGGAUCAAUCAACAUUAAUGUUAGAGAGCACCCAACAUUAAACAGCUCGCAAGGAACUAUUUUUUGCGCAGAUCUUAAAAUGCAUACCGACGAUGAGAUUUUGGAAGAACUACAGUACGAACAUGUGACUGAAGUGAGACGAGUAAAACGUCGAAACACGAAAGGUGAACUCGAAGAUUCUGGAGUGUUUAUCCUAACAUUCAACUUGGCGUCCAUCCCGAGCUCCAUUGACGUAGGAUUCUAUUCAUGUAAGGUCAAGCAGUACAUACCAAAUCCUCUUCGUUGCAUGAACUGUUUGAAGUUCGGCCAUAAAAAAGCAGUUUGUAAGGGAAAUCAAGUAUGUGCCUGCUGUGCUAACCUCUACCAUGACAGCAACCCGUGCCAACAAGGCCUUAGAUGUGUCGUAUGCCGUGGAGAUCAUCACACUCUAUCCAAAAGCUGCCCAGUGUACAAGGAUGAAUUUGAGAUUCAACGCGUAAGAGUGACCGAGAAGGUAACGUAUCGAGAAGCCAGACAAAAGCGGAGAUUGCAAGCUCCGGAUCCCAAUCCUCCAAGGUUGAGACAGCCGUUCUCCAGCCUAUUCAAAUCGCCUAACAAUGCAGUAGACCUACAAAAGAACAAUACUGAACUCGAACAACCAUACAUCAACGAGGCUAGCGGUGUCAAGCCAUCUAGCCAUAAUCCAUCGGUUACGCGUACGGCAGGUAGCCGUGCAUCCAACCAGGGUUGUUAA